AUAUAUUUUCAUACAAUAUUCGCAGAACAUCGCCGAUCGACUCGAGAGAUUUCUUUAACUAUCGUUUUUACCUUGGUGGAAAUAAAUACGCGAAACCCUAAUACAUUAACAUCCAUCGUGGCGCACCGACUUGAGAGGCAGGUGGUCGCUUAAUCAAUGAACCUGGUUUAUUUGCUUGGCUGGGAAUUUCUGAGAGUUUGAUUGACAAUAUUUCCAAAAAUAUAAAAGGAAUUCGAAUAAAACCUCAAUGAAUACAUUCCGUAGAGCCGCUCUUAACUUUGGGUGGAUUUCAUGAAUUGGGCUUAGUUUAUGACUUGGCCCACCUCGGCCCAGGAUAUAUUGCUUCCAUUUACAUCCGUUGUGAUUCUGAAGGUGAAGGUCAGUAUUGUCAACAUCGUCUGCGAAAAAUAGCAUAGGCUGGACUUGGUGUUCCGUCAGUGGGUAUUCAAGAAAUUGAGAGGAUUGUGUUGCCAAUUUUCAGAUUCACAAGGUCAAGGCGAGCGACAGGAAGCGUUAGAUUGAGUUAUAGGACUCAAGGAUGGCGCUAAGGUCCAUUCUUGGAUUUUCUGAUGGAGAAUUGAUGAGGUCAGAUGGAAAGCCCUGUUCUCGAUUGAUGAGGCAAACAGCUGGCAUUUGUUCUGUGGGAGGAGCAUUGGGUUUUUGGGUUCUCUGCCGUUUGCAUUAUGGUCCGAGAAUUACAACUCCUCGAAGUCUAAGAUGGGCUGCCUGUGGAGCUGUCUCGAUGAGCACAACCACUGCUUUGCUGGUUCGACUAUUUAGUCCCGAAUGUGAACCCCAAAAUAUAGCAGCUUAUGACCAAAGAAAUAGGGCAAAUAGCUGUCUUUGAUUGUGUUUUUAGAUUUAAAAGUUUUGGAAUAAUAUAUAGACAUUGAAAGUAAUGUUUAUUUUACUGUAAAAUGAUGACACUGAAAACCUUUGAAGUUGCUUUUACAGAGAGUCAUGCCAUUUUUCAAA